GAGCAGCUCAUCCGUUGGGCAAAGCACCUUCAGCAUUUGACCUCUCCCGGGACCAGCCAUGAUUCACAGCCUCUUCCUCAUAAACUCCUCCGGAGACAUCUUCUUGGAGAAACACUGGAAAAGCGUGGUCAGCCGCUCGGUUUGCGACUAUUUCUUUGAGGCUCAGGAGCGGGCUUCGGAGGCGGAAAACGUGCCCCCUGUGAUCCCCACCCCUCACCACUAUCUCCUAAGCGUUUACCGACACAAGAUCUUCUUUGUGGCGGUGAUCCAGACGGAAGUGCCCCCGCUUUUUGUCAUUGAAUUUCUUCACCGGGUUGUGGACACUUUUCAGGAUUAUUUUGGGGUCUGUUCAGAAGUUGUCAUCAAGGACAAUGUGGUGGUUGUCUACGAGGUACUCGAGGAAAUGCUGGACAAUGGCUUCCCGCUGGCCACUGAAUCUAACAUUCUGAAGGAGCUGAUCAAGCCACCUACCAUCCUCCGGACAGUCGUCAAUACCAUCACAGGAAGCACUAAUGUGGGUGAACAGCUCCCUACAGGGCAGCUCUCGGUGGUUCCCUGGCGCCGGACAGGCGUGAAGUACACCAACAACGAGGCCUAUUUUGAUGUGAUCGAGGAAAUAGACGCCAUCAUCGAGAAAUCAGGUUCUACAAUCACGGCCGAAAUCCAAGGAGUGAUUGAUGCGUGUGUGAAACUGACGGGGAUGCCGGAUCUUACUCUCUCCUUUAUGAACCCCAGGUUGCUGGAUGACGUCAGCUUCCACCCCUGCGUCCGCUUCAAGCGCUGGGAGUCGGAGCGGAUUCUCUCCUUCAUUCCUCCCGAUGGGAACUUCCGCUUGCUCUCGUAUCACGUCAGUGCUCAGAACUUGGUGGCCAUCCCUGUCUACGUGAAACACAACAUCAGUUUCCGGGACAGCUCGCUGGGCCGUUUUGAGAUCACCAUUGGGCCCAAACAGACCAUGGGGAAGACUGUGGAGGGGGUGAUGGUUACCAGCCAGAUGCCGAAGGGUGUCCUGAACAUGACCCUCACGCCGUCUCAGGGGACGCACACCUUUGACCCUGUCACCAAGCUGCUGACGUGGGACGUUGGAAAGAUCAACCCGCAAAAGCUACCGAGUUUGAAGGGGACGAUGAGCCUCCAGGCCGGAGCUUCCAAGCCUGACGAGAACCCCACCAUCAACCUGCAGUUCAAAAUCCAGCAGCUGGCCAUUUCUGGUUUGAAGGUGAACCGCCUCGACAUGUACGGCGAGAAAUACAAACCGUUCAAGGGGAUCAAGUACAUGACCAAGGCCGGGAAGUUCCAAGUCCGGACCUAGGAGUGCCUAUCCCUGAGAGAAGACUUGAGUGCACCCUCACUUCCUGCUCCAUCUCUUCUCCCAUCUUUCUCUGGACUGCUCCUUGCUAUGAGUUCGAUUGGGGCAGGUAUUUUUCCUGAGCUGGGCGACAGUGGCACACCUGCCUUUGCUACCAUCAGAAGUUCUCAGGUGGGCUUCAAGACCAGGAGGGAGAAAGAGUGACCUCCGUCCAGGCUUGCCAGCUGAGUCUCUACUUCACAAAGUCUCCAGUACAUGCAAAGGCUGCGCACGUCUCUCUUGUGCGGCUAGCGUUUUCUUGCGUCUUUGCUGGAGCAUCCACGUUUUAGAGGUUGAGGGCAGAAGGAGGAGAUGUCAAGGGCAGCGGUCCUGAUUACAUUUCAUCUUGGAACGCCCCUGAUGUGUUGACCGACAACAAGAGACCUCUGCACCCCAUACGGCCUUGCUAAGAGCUAGCUUAUUUUUGAAUCAGGGCAGAGGGUGAGCAGAGAUUAUAGUUUUCUUGAAGAACUGAAAGUAUGAGUGAGGCACUUCUGUAUAUUGGGAAUAAGUACAUGUCAGCUGUUGCCUCCGAUAAACAGGUUCGGCAGGUUGGGGGAUAAUGCUUUCAAAAAGCCUGCAAAUCCUGUUUAGCCGAGAGAGGAAAGUGGGACAAAAGAUAUGAGUGCAGAGGCCUCUGGCAAGCCAGUCCAUUAUCAUGUCAUCUCUGAACAGCUGCUACCUACUUAGAUUUCUUUGCCAGGCAGGCUUCAUACAGAAUAUGUAUUCAAUAUUUGUAAGAAGUGAGGUCUGGCUAAAGAAAGGGGUGGGGCAGGAUGCUGGGCUCUUAAAGGCAGGGCAGUUUUAACUGUUAGGCUGCAGCUUCUUUCUCCUGCAUGCACUCCUGAAUAUCCUCUCUUAUGUCCUGUUGCUUCUAUACAAGUAGAUUGUCGCUCUGUGUGUGUGUGUGUUUAUGUAUGUUCUGAUCUGAACUUGUACCAGUUGCCAUGCUGAGGGUUUGGUUUGGUUUCCUUAUUGAAACGUAGUAGAUCUAAGUUGGCUUUGUUGGCAUGAUUGCCUUUCUUUGAAAUGAAGCCAGAGAGCAUGGGAACAUGGAAAAGAGUCUCCUGCGUCAAAGAAGCACCGGUGGAUGUGUUACGGUGUGCAAAUAGCCCACACAUGGUGACUUGGCAGCUUUUUAAAAUGGUGGUGUAAAUUGUUUUGCUUUUGCAGAACUAUAGCGGGUGGAAAUCAGCUGCUGUGCCACCCUUUGUUUGGAAGAUGUGUAUCUGUUUCUGGUCCCUAGGAUGUAGAAAAGGACACUGAGCCACACCUACUGCUGCUAGUCAAGUUUUUAAGCAGACGGAAUUUCCUCAACUCUGAGGAUAUGGGUCGUUGUCAGUAGCAAGAGAAUUCAGGAAUGUUGUACUCCUUUGGGGUCAGCCCUUUUUACACAGCCCUUUACACAGCUUGGAAAUGUCGCCUAUUUUUGAGACUACAGCUUCCCGAUGGAGUCCCCAAAAGUCGCUUCCAAGGUUUGCUUUUGAAUGCAGUGGACUUAUUUUUCAGUAAAGCAUGUUUAGACAUAACCAUUCUUAAUGGCAAUCACACCAAGUUGCCCCUCUUUACAACUUGCCUUGUGGUAAACUAACUUGUGCGUCCUAAAAGUGAAAACAAAACUACACCUCGAUUUCCUCUGUUUUGGGUCUCUUUUUGUGUGCUCUAGGCAAACUGCUUGACUUUUAAAGUUAAUAUAUCUUGUGUAUAAGCAAUAGUGCUUCCCAUUGUUAUAAACCAAGAAAAGUCACAGACAGUUUAAAUGCUACUCUGAGGAGGGAAAAGGAAGUACACUGGAGACAGCAUGGUUACUGGCCAGUCGGUGCUAAUCAUAUUGGGUUUUCCCUAGAAAUCUGUCAAAGAUUCUCUCUGGGCUUGUCUCCAUGAGGGAAAAAUUGAUGUGAUUCUCAGGACAGCAAAGGUGCAUGCAUAACACUUUCCCGAAGCAUAAGGUUUAUAUCCGUCCACCCAAAUUGACUUGCAAAGCUAACCCUAUUCCUUAGAGAGCAUAAAGAAUGUCUAGGAGUUACCGUUAAUGAGUGUUUUGUUUCAGAGCACAGCUGGGCAGCGGGCAGCCCUCGAAAUGUUGCUAGAACUAACAACUCCUGCCAGCCUCCCGCCACCAUGGCCAUGGGUGAGACGGUAGGGGUUGUCGUCUGUCAGCCUCUGGAGGGCCACAGGUUGCCCGUGACCCACUUGAUGCUGCCUGACUUUGAGCCUCAGAAUACUGUUCCGUUGAAUAGAACAGCACUCUCUCGAGCAGUCGGUUCAAUCCUGGUGCAGCCGCCGCGUGGCCUGGACAGAAUCUGUUCAGCGCAAGGGGAGAGAAUUCUGUCUGUGUCUGAAGAUCUCAAUAAAAACACUUUUAAACUUGGUCAUAAGAGUUAUGAUGGAAAAA